GGCUGCAGCGCACUGUUGGUCAGCCAGUGGGGCACAAGUUAGAAGGGGUGAAGGCAACAGGUUGGCUUCAAGGUAAACAGAGCGUAAGCAUGGCCGGUGUGCAUCGUCUGGUUAUUGUCCGCCACGGUGAGAGUGCCUGGAACCAGGAGAACCGGUUCUGUGGCUGGUUCGAUGCUGACCUCAGUGAGAAGGGUGUGGAGGAGGCGAAGCGAGGGGCCCAGGCCAUCAAGGACGCCGGCCUCAAGUUCGACGUGUGCUACACCUCCGUGCUGAAGCGCGCCAUCAAGACCCUGUGGACCAUCAUGGAGGGCACGGACCAGAUGUGGCUGCCCGUGAUUCGCACCUGGAGGCUGAACGAGCGCCACUACGGCGGCCUCACCGGGCUCAACAAGGCCGAGACGGCCGAGAAGCACGGCGAGGAGCAGGUGAAGAUCUGGCGCCGGUCCUUCGACAUCCCCCCUCCACCCAUGGACAAGGACCACCCCUACACAAAGGUCAUCAGUGAGUCACGGCGUUACAAGGGCCUGAAGCCCGGGGAGCUGCCCACGUGUGAGUCACUGAAGGACACCAUCGCCCGUGCGCUACCUUUCUGGAAUGAAGUGAUUGCUCCUGAAAUCAAGGCCGGGAAGAACGUCAUCAUCGCCGCCCACGGCAACAGCCUCCGUGGAAUUGUCAAGCACCUGGAGGGUAUGUCUGAUGCAGCCAUCAUGGAGCUGAACCUGCCCACAGGAAUCCCUAUCGUGUAUGAGCUGGACGCAGACCUGAAGCCCGUAAAGCCCAUGUCCUUCCUCGGCGACGAGGAGACCGUGAGGAAGGCCAUGGAGGCCGUGGCCGCCCAGGGAAAAGCCAAGAAGUAAAGCUGCUCUGGAGACAGACUGACCCCACCUUUGUUUCCCCUUCGACCUUGUCCUGCUGCCCAUUCGUCCCUCCUUGCAGUCCAUUCCAACUGGGGAAACGCCUAAUGGCUAUUCUGGACACGGGCCACGUCCAGCGCA